AUGCCUAUUAGCCAGGUAGUUAAAAAAGGAUGUGACUUUUUAAUUUCUAAACAAAAAGAAGACGGUGGUUGGGGAGAAUCCUAUAAACUUAUUGUAUCACGACAAUUGCCAACUGGAGAAUGGAAAACAGAAUAUGUAGAUGGAAUAAUUAACAAUAUGGCAGUUACUUAUUCAGCUUAUAAAUUUAUUUUUCCUAUUUGGGCAUUAGGC